AUGGAGGAGCAAAGAGAACAUCAUGCGAAAGAAAAGGGAAAUACAGAUGGUAUUGUGGAAAGAGACGACAUUAUGCACGAGCAAGUAGCAUCAAAUAUACAGCCCUCUGCGAAUGCCCAGAACCCUCCCAAACACAGCGAGAAAAGUAGGGGCUAUACUAUAAAUGAGCUCAAGGAAUAUAUCACUGAGAUUCCCUUUCCGAUAGGGGAAAAAACAGGGAUUAUGAAGCAAUUUCUGUCUGGAAUCGAAAAGCUGUUUGCCAUUGUCAAAUCAUCACUUCAAAGGGCGAUGCAGUGGCUGACCAGAAAGACGUCUAAGGACGAGGAGAAAGUGUGA